AUCGCGCGGCGUGUGUUGAGCUGUCCUAGCAGACUUAUGUGCCUCACCAGAAAUUCUUCUCAAAUACAAACAAGAGAGGAAUAAACUCACACAACAGGUCGGCUGUAAAAGCAGCAGCCUCUGUUCUUCAAAAUGAGUGACGACACAGACACCCCUCCUGAGAGGGAAAUGAAGGAUUUUCAGUUUCGUCAGAUGAAGAAAGCGCGAGUCUUUGACACUCCUGAUGAUUUUCCAAAAGAAAGAACCAGUCUGCUGACCAUUUCAAACAAAUUUGGUUUAACUUUUGUUGGGCUCGACAAAACAUUCAAAGUUUACCAAACCCAAGAUAUUCUGGCUGCUGAUAAAAUUGACGGGAACGCCAAUGAUAUAGUCGAAGGGAUGGCAGCAUUGGCGGAGGUCACUGUGGAACUGGCCCUGCACCACUUGGCUCUCAGCUGUGAUGAACUUACUUUGUCAGUAUGUGGCAUGUCUGAGGAAGUGGGCUUGUCCAUCACAUUCUACGAUGUCCGCACCUUCAUGAACAAGGCAAGACCUCAGAAGUUACCUUUUGGAUCACUGCUACCAGCAGUACCCCCCGGCACUUUGGUGCAGGACCUGAAGUGGAAUCCUGUACAGGCAUCCAUAUUGGCCAUCUGUCUGUCUGAUGGCCAGAUGAUGAUUUUGGAAGUUACUGACAGUGUCAAAGUGCAGGCCGGUCUACCUGCUUCAACUGGCGUCACAUGCAUUUGCUGGAGUCCAAAAGGAAAACAAGUUGCUGCAGGAAAAAUGAAUUCCACAGUCUCUCAGUAUACACCAGGACUGGAGGAAAAGAAAGUUAUCCCAUGUCCAAACUUCUACACUGCUGAUGAACCUGUCAAAGUUCUGGAUGUGCUGUGGCUGAGAACCUUUGUGUUUGCAGUGGUAUAUGCUGCUGCAGAUGGGUCCCUUGAGACCCCUCCUGAACUAGUGUUGAUCACCAUCCCUAAGAAGGAUGAGAAGGUGGAGACAAAGUAUCUGAACUUCAGUGAAGUAGUGUUUGGCAGCUGCACUGAGCGACAACACCACUACUUCCUCAGCCAUAUAGAGGACUGGGACCUCAUGUUUGCGGCAUCAGCAGCUGCCAUUGAAGUCAGCGUCAUAGCUGCCAGACAAGAGGACAAGAUCUGGGAACUUUGGGUCCUGGAGGAUGCGAGUAGGGCUGAGCUUCCAGUCACCGACACAAAUGAAGACACUCUGCCUCUUGGCUUAGCCAUAGACUUCACCAGUCGGCAGGAGAUCCAUAUCACUGAUGAGAAGACCUUGCCCCCAGCGCCAGUUAUGCUGAUGCUGUCCACAGAGGGAUUACUCUGUCCGUUUGCUUUGCUCAACCUCAACCCUGGGGUGAAGCAGCUGGUCUCAGCCCCUGCUGUCCUCGCCUUGGAGGGGGAGAGACUGCCCAAACCAGGUUCUUUGGCAACCCAGCCACCCAAAAUCGCUGCCUCCAUCCCAUCUGCCCCAGCAGCAUUCCCAAACCUCAGUCUCACUUCAGCAGCUGCUUCCACUCCUCCAGCCCCUGCUGCCUCCUCAGCCGCUGCCCCAUUCAGCAUUGUCCCCGCAGCCCCUGUGUCAGCAGCAGUGUCAUCAUCAGGCUUCAGCUUCUCGGUCCCAUCUACAUGUGCCACCGCUGCCCCUUCAGCUUUCUCCCUGGGUGCACCCAUACCUUUUGGCUCAGCAUCCUCAAGCUUCUCAUUUGGCUCCAAACCUCCCUCUGACACACCCUCAGCUCCUUCAGCGUUUUCUUUCACGCCUUCCAUUAAACCAUCAGCAAUGGCAGCUCCAGCUCUGACACCUCAGAACAUCGCUACUGCCUCCCCACCAACAGUGAAACUCAAUCUAAAUGAGAGGUUUUCAGCAGUGGAGGCCCCUGCUCCAUCCCCACAGUCUGUCUCCUUUAGUGCCUCGCUGCCCAAAACAGUUGUCUCCAAUUCUAGUAGUUUCACUGCACCUCCACUUUCAGUCACUAAGCCACCACCUGUAUUGGCCCCAGUGCGCCCAGUUCAAACCAGCACACCGCCCACAGUUGUCCAGAAACCUGCACCUGCUGCCCAGAGCCAUGUCCAAACUCCACAGGCAGCUGUUAGCGUGAAGGCCCUGGAGAAGCAGCUACAGCAGAAGAAAGACACUGAUCCCAUCAUGGCUGGUAUAUUGGAGGAGAUCGCACACUUCCAGAAGGAGUUAGAUGACCUGAAGGCACGAAGUGCAAAAGCUGACUUCAAGGUUGGCACCAGUGAGGAGAUGAAGGAGCUGAGGAAGGAGUCAGAGGACCUCCAUAUUUUCACCCUGGAGAUCAAGGAAACUACAGAGUCUCUCCAUGGGGACAUUGGUACACUGAAGACCACCUUACUGGAGGGCUUUGCUGGAGCAGAGGAAGCCAAGGCCCAGAGUGAGCUGAGCAGAGACAGAAAUUACAGACAGCUGCUGUACAAAAAACCCCUGGAUCCCCGCAGCGAGGAACAGCUCAAGGAGAUUCGCAGGCUGUACCAGUACGUUAUGUUUGCUGUGGAGGACGUCAAUGACGUGCUGGAUGUGGAAUGGGAGAAGCACCUGGAGAAGAAGAAAAAGCAGAAACACAUGGUCGUGCCAGAGCGUGAGGGUCUGUUCACUACGCUGGCCAACAACUUGUACAUUAUCAACCAGCAGAAGAACCGAUUGGACCAGUUGGUUAAGCAACUCACUUCCCUGCGCCUCUACAACAAGACAACUGCUCCAACUAUAAGCUGCAGUCCUGCUACAUCAACAACUGCUGGUUUGGAAGGUGAGCUUGAAAGUUUAAGGGAUGCACUCCUGAAAGCCAGGCUGGACACCAGCCCUCCUAAGACCAAAGCCAAAUCUCCAGUGAAGAUAUCACCAGUGAAACAGUCCCAGCUGCGUAACUUCCUCUCAAAGGGACAGAUGCCCCCGGUCCGCUCAACUGCACCAGCCAACCUGUCUCGCUCAGCCUUCCUUUCACCCAAAUACUACGAGGACUUGGAUGAUGUAAGCUCUACGUCCUCCCUGUCCCAGUCCCUGGAGCCUCACCCAGCUGACUUGGAGCUGGAGGAGGAGGAACUACAGCCAGAACCCCUUCCCCUUACUGUCAUUCCUCCAGCACUGUCCACCCCCCGCCACCCCACAGUUGUAAGGACCCCGUCUAUCCAGCCAGGCUUCGGUGCCAUCCAGUCCACCCCUUUAACAAAAAUUCACUCAGUGCCAGGAAUGGGCUUUGGACUCAGCCCUAUUGCCAGCCCUGUUCCAACCAAUAAGAUCAACCUCAGUGGGGCUGAGAGUACCGCUCUUGCUACAAAGACAGUAAAACAUGGAGCCCCACCAACUGAGAGGAGCAUCCCUGUCACCAUCCCUGCCCAACAGGCUGCAGCCACUGCAGCUCUGCGCAGGCAGAUGGCCAAUCAGAAGACAGUUGUCGUCAGUGCUUCUUUAACGGAGUCCACUUUGAAGACUGUUCCUCAGGUGGUCAAUGUCCAGGAGCUCAAGGACAAAGGGCCUCCUAUGCCGAUUGCCAAUAUCAUGAGCUCAUCAGCACCAGAUCCAGCAGCUCCCAUCUUCGCAGCAGUUUCUUCCAACCAGGCUAAACGAAAUCCUGCCCAAGGUAUCCAGAAGAUGACCAGUGAAAGUACACCCGUCCCACAGACAAGCUUCGUGUUUGGUCAAUCCGCCAAAACAGAUGUUGCAGCAGCUCCUGUGAGCUCAGUAGAGCAAAGCGCCAGCAAAGGUUUCUCCUUUGCAUCAGGGUCCACAGGCUUCAGUUUUGCCUCUGUCACACAGGGAGCUGGAAUCUCACAAGUGAAGGAUGUGAGUAAAUUCGCCUUUGGUGGAAAUGGCAAGAUGAUGUUUGGCCAGACCGGAGAGGAGCCAUUCUCCCUCACCCCACAGUCUACCUCCCCUGCUCUUGGCACUGCGUCUCCUACCCUGCCUUCAAACACAGCAGGAGAGAAACCAGCCCCUACCACAGCUCCCCUCAGGAUAGAGCCACAGCCCAUCAAGACAAUAGGAGGAGAGACUCUGGGCGGUUUCUCUGGGCUCCGUGUGGGCCAUGGAGAAGAAGCUAAAGAUUCAUCCACCAGCAAACCCACUGCUAGCUCAUUUACCUUUGGGGAAAUGGGACUCAAGGGAACAGCACAGUUUAGCUUUGGUACAGGUCUCCAAAAGUCUACAGAAGAUUCUGCAGGAGCAGACUUGUGCAAAGGAGCAGGGUCAGGCAGUUUGUUCAAGCCUCCAGAACCGAACCCCAAGCCGGCCUUCUCUGUCCCCCAGUCCGGCUCAGCUGCCUCAGCUUUACCUACGUCUUUUAGCAGUCUUCUUGCAGCUCCUGCAGACUCCACAGAGGAACCAAAAGUUUCCCCAGAACCUUCAGAACCCACACCACCCCCUGAGAAAGAACCUGUAUCUGUACCAGAUGCUGAGAGCGCCAAACCCCUUGUAGUUCCUGAGCCCGCAGCGGAUGCAGGCGUCACAGAAACCACAGCAACCACAGUAACAGCACCAACACCACCCUUGGCAACAACUGCCCCUACCCCAGAACCUCCCCCCUACAUCUCCCCACCAACUGAAGCCACCCCUCCAACACCAGACAGUGCGGCCCCCACAGUAGAAGCAACCCCAGACAGUAGCACCACCACUGCAUCUGCGCCUACAUCAGGUGCUGCCACCCCUGCUGUAGCACCUGUCUCCCAGGUAGCUCCAACAGCCUUCCAGGUGCCCAGUUCUGACAAACCAGGUUCCAUUUUCACUCAGCCUCCCCCUGCGACAACAGACAGCAGUUCUCUUGGAGUAACACCAGUUAUCAGCACAGCCGCUGCUACAACCACGACUCCCACCCCUGCUGUUGUUAACAGUACAACAACUACUGCUGCUAACGCUGUGUUUGGGCAACCUGCGGCACCUCCAGCUUCCACAUCCCCUGCAACCCCCUCCGAGCCAUCAGCCCCUUCAGCGCCUUCAGCUCCCUCAGCGCCUUCUGCCCCCUCAGCCCCCUCAGCCCCCUCAGCCCCUUCAGCCCCUUCAGCCCCUUCAGCCCCAGCUUCCACAGGAUUUGGCUCAACCGCAUUUGGUACAUCAGCUGGAACUGGUUUCGGCAAAUCUGUGUUUGGCCAGGUGAGCGGCUUUGGCCAGCCAGCCAGCAACACCGGAACAGCCAGCGGCUUUUCUUUUGGCCAGUCAGCUUUUGGUGCAAGUUCCAACAGUGCGACUACUGGAGGAGGUCUCUUUGGUGCCGCUACUGCUACCAACGCUAGUUCCUUCUCCUUUGGCACGAGCAGCGCCAACACAGCCAGCAGCACUGGCUCCGGGCUGUUUGGACAAACCACAGCACCAGCAUUUGGCCAGAGCUCUGGGUUUGGACAAGGGUCUGUGUUUGGCAGCAACACCACCACAUCCUCAUCGGCAGGAUUCAGCUUUGGACAGCCUGCAGGUUUUGGCUGCUCUUCUGCCACCCCUGUGUUUGGCCAACAAGCUAGCAGUGGGAGUGUAUUUGGACAGCAGCAGCCAUCAUCAGGUGGGACUCUGUUUGGUACAAAUGCAGCCAGCACAGCGGGCUCAGCUGCUGGUGGAGGGUUCUUCUCUGGCCUCGGAGGCAAACCAAGCGAAGAUGCCGCCAACAAGAACCCGUUCGGCACCACUGCCACCACAGGAGGGUUUGGGCAGCCUGCUCAGACAGGUGCCACCAGUCUUUUUGGGAACAGUGGUGCCAAGUCCUUUGGCUUUGGACAGUCCUCCUUUGGUGAGCAGAAACCCAGUGGGACCUUCAGUGCUGGUGCAGGGACUGUCGCAUCCCAAGGAUUUGGCUCCUUCUCAACUCCAACAAAAGCAGGUGGUUUUGGCAGUGCUCCUGUGUUUGGGAGUCCCCCUUCCUUUGGUAGUCCCCCAGCUUUUGGCGGUGGAGCAACAUUUGGCUCGAGCGCUUCCUUCUCCAACAACAUGGGUUCGUCAGCUGGUAAAGUGUUUGGAGAGGGGACAGCGGCUGCCAACAUGGGAGGAUUUGGGUUUGCCUCACCUCCCAGCGGCCCAUCCUUUGGUGCCCUAGCCACUCAGAGCGCAACGCCGUCAUUCGGGAGCCUGGCCCAGCAGAGCACUGGGUUUGGACAGCAGCCCAGCAGCUUCUCAGGCUUUGGACAACAGCCACAGGCGGGAGGGUUCUCUGGAAACACCUUUGGCUCUACAAACCAAUCAAGUCCUCAAACAUUUGCCAGCUGGAGAAGCUAGUUUUAUUAAACCUCCACUUCCACAGUACUUUCUGCAAUCAAGCUCUUUGUGCCACAUAAUGGGUGAAGGGGAAAAGGGCGAAGACUGUGUUACAUUUGGGUUAAAAAUAUACAUGCAUUUAGUUUGUAGGAAACUUUUGUAUAUUCUCGGAAAAAAGUUUUCAACAGCUUUCACUCAUUUAUAUUCAGUUGGGAAGUUUAUGCCUGAUGUGAGUAAUUUAUUAAGACACAGGAGAAUCAAGCACUGAUAUCUAUACAAGCAGUUUAUGUGAGUUACCUGGAACAACGGGCCUCAGACUUUUAGAAAACCAUCGACAACUCUAUAUAAUCCUAUUGUUAACAAGUCCAUGACCUUCUUCAAAAAAUGUAGUACAUUGUUACACAUGGAUGCAGUUCACAGACUUGUCAUUCUUUGUUGUCAUUAUAUUCAUACUCCAGUUUGGUUGUGUCUUCUGGAGUCAUUUUGUGUCCCGACAUUUUUAAGUUUUUGUUGCUGCACUUUUAAAUUUAGAAACACUCAAAGGCUUUGAAGCUUCUGAACAGUUCAGUUUCUCAUUAAGUUAUGUUAAAUUUUGUUCUCAGCAUGGCUGCACAAACUUAAAUUCAGUCCGGUCAUAUCUGUCAAUACAGUUGCAGAGAAAUGUCAAAAAUAAAUGUCGAAUCUCCCAAAAGUAAACCCAAUAUUUUGAACUGUCGUAAACAGAGUUGUUGUCUGAGGAGAGAAAGAGCUAUAUUUUCCUUUUCAAAUGAUUUUUGCAGUAAACCCCGACUUGAUGUAUAUUUUUACAUGAAAAAGUGGAAAUAAAUGAAAUUUCUGAAAUUA